UGCCUUGCAAGGAUUGUUCUUGUUCGUAAACUCUUCACUUCACCCAUCCGAGGCCGUCUAUCAAACCAAACUAACACGUGUGCGAAGGAACUCGUGAAAUUUACAAGCACGACUAGUAUAUAGUACGGUGUACACCCGAUUUGGAUAAAGCGUCCAGCGCAGCCGGUGAUCUGCCGACCAAGUAGCGCGUGCCGCCGAGUCAGCAACAGCUUCCCCUUCCCAGCGAGAUGAACCAACCAAAUCUGCCCCCGCCGAAACUAGCGGCCAGCGCUCGCGCUGACGUGUCGCCCCCUGCCGGCGGGUCCCCCGCCGCGAUCGGCCCGCUGACUCGGAUCCGAGUCCUGGCGGCCACCGACGCGGCGCCCAACGCCGAGCCGUUGUGCUCGCGCCCCAUCGUCGAACUCGCCUCCCUCCCUCCCCCGACCCCGCGUAUGGCUAGCUGUCUCCUCUGCAGCAGAGGCACCCGCGGCCGCCCGCUUCCUCCUCCUAUAUAGCUGUCGCUGAGCUCGAGCCGCCGCUCCACCUCCGUAUCCGCUCUCUCCCGUGUCGCUGCGUUCCAGGUCCACGAGGGCUCCUCGGGAGACAGUCCAUCCUCGCGCCCGGUUCGUUAAGAUCGCGCUCGCCAGCCUGUCAAGCUUCCAGUUUGAGGCCUCGCCGUUGCUGCCUCGAUCGACCGACCACAGAGAGAGGGAAGGCGGGGCCAGGGGGUCUGAGGAGGACGAUCCAUGGCGGCGCUGUACGCGGACCUCGACGCGCUCCGGGCGUCGGCGGCCGACGUGCGGAUCGUCACCUCGGACGGCCAGACCAUCGCCGCACACUCCUACGUCCUCGCCUCGGCGUCGCCGGUGCUGGAGAGGAUGAUCGACGGGGCGCGGCGCGGCGGGCGGGACGGGUGCACCGUCCGCGUCCUCGGCGCGCCCUCCGACGCCGUCCUCGCGUUCCUCCACCUCCUCUACGCCGCCCGGGCGGAGGCGGCAGUGGUGGCCGCGCACGGGCCGCAGCUGCUGGCGCUGGCGCACGCGUACCGCGUCGGGUGGCUCAAGCGCGCCGCGGAGGCGUCCGUGUCCGCGCGCCUCGCGCCGGGCGCCGCCGUGGACAUGCUCAAGCUCGCGGGACUCUGCGACGCGCCGCGGCUGCGCGCCGCGUGCGCGCGCCUGGCCGCCAGGGACCGCGCCGCCGUCGAGGCGUCCGACGGGUGGCGCUUCGCGCGGCGCCACGACCCGGCGCUGGCGCAGGAGCUCAUGCAGCUGCUGGAGGACGCGGCCCGGCGCCGGGAGCGGUGGGCGCGGGGCCGGGCCUCGCGGGAGGCGUACCGCCAGCUCGCCGAGGCCAUGGACUCGCUCGACCGCAUCUUCACCGCCGCCGACGCCGACGCGUGCUCCCCCGGCGCCAAGCCGUGCGCGACGGGAGACGGCGGCGGCGCGUGCCAGCAGGGCCUGCGGCUGCUGAUGCGGCACUUCGCCGCCUGCGCGCGCAAGGCCGCGCCGGGCGGGUGCGCGCGGUGCAGGCGCCUCCUGCAGCUCUUCCGCCUCCACGCCUCCGUCUGCGACCGGCCGGAGCAGGACCAGCCCUGCCGCGUCCCGCUCUGCAGCCACUUCGCGGCGAGGAUGCAGGCGGAGAAGGCGGACAGGACAUGGCGGCUGCUGGUGACGAAGGUGGCGAGGGCAAGGGCGAUGGCCCGGCUGGCGGACAGGAGGCGGGUGCCGGAGGUCGUGGCCAUGUCGUGGGCGAGGUACCUCAGCAGCAGCAAAUGGGCGAAGCUGAGAUGAAGAGAUCCGCCGCGCUGCGCGGAGCACAGUCGCAAGACCUCGCCGUGAGCCCGGAAUCCUUGUGCAAAUUUUUUGGCCGCUGGGCGACGGCGAGACGCGGUGCCCAGCGUGGCGCUGCCUUGAACCGGUCUGGAUGGAAAUGCAGGGUGGAGUCGAUUUAGACAGGAUAGGCUUUGAUGUUUGUAUUUUUUAGAAGAGAUCAGGAUUCAGGAGGAUAUAUGUACAGUACAAUCUUCUAUUAUCUUAAUACAAUAAUGUUAAAAGAAGUCA